UGGUUACCAGCGACGCACUGGCCGUGCACUCUGAGCUGCCUCGUCCUGGGUGAGAAGUGGGACGAAUUUACGCUUUUAAUCCCGUGCGCUGUCGCCCAAUGCCGGCCUGACGACGGCAAUGGUGGUGGCGUUGCUUCUACAGGAUGGAGACGUGCAGGGCGGACUAAUCCGGCACCAUGAAUGACAGGUACCACAAGGCGGCCAGGGAUGGCUACCUUGACCUGCUUAAAGAGGCGACUAGGAAGGAUCUCAACGCGCCGGACGAGGAUGGCAUGACACCGACGUUAUGGGCUGCUUAUCACGGCAACCUGGAGGCUCUGCGGCUCAUCGUGGCCAGAGGAGGAGAUCCAGACAAGUGUGACAUAUGGGGAAACACGCCACUCCACCUGGCAGCUGCCAACGGUCAUCACAACUGCCUUUUCUUCCUGGUGUCGUUCGGUGCCAACAUAUGGUGCCUGGACAAUGACUACCACACACCACUGGACAUGGCUGCCACAAAGAAUCACAUGGAAUGCGUCCGGUACCUGGAUUCCAUAGCGGCGAAGCAGACAGCUCUCAAUCCAAAGCUCAUCGGCAAGCUGAAGGACCGGGCCUUCCGUGAUGCUGAGCGGCGGAUCAAAGAGUGCGUAAAGAUGCAGAAGAAGCACCACAAACGCAUGGAGCGGAAGUUUCAUAAAGAGGUUUCUGAGGCCUCUGCGUCAGAUGUCAUGAGCCUUUCGAGUUAUGCCAGCAGUACUCUGAGCCAUAAAUUUCGCAGCUACAACGCAGCCACCGUCAGCGUGCCAUAUUCUCAGGCAACUCUCCAUGCCACAAACCGAGGGAAGACAAAGAUCCAGAAGAGGCUGGAGAAGAAGAAACAAGGAGAUGGCACCUUUAAGAUCUAUGAAGAUGGAAGGAAGAGUGUGCGCUCUCUUUCUGGCCUUCAGCUGAGUAAUGAUGUCAUGUUUUUAAAACAAGGGACUUAUGUCAAUCCAAGAGACCGCGGCCGCCGCAAUGUCCGCGAAAUGUUCUCUAGGGAUAACGACGAUGCCAUUUCACGUGCCAUGAGUGAGCCGGAUCUCCACGGGCCCGAUGUGGACUACUCCGAGAUCAGCACAGACUCUGGACAUGACUCCCUGUUCAACCGACCCGGUUUGGGCACUAUGGUCUUCAGGAGGAACUAUGUGAGCGGGGGCAUGUUUGACCUCGGCAGCCGGGAUGCAGCAAACGAGGCCCAGUCCAGUAAUAACGUGCGGCUACGCAGCCGAUUGCAUCAGCACCCAAGUCUGGACGAAGACAGCAUUGGCAGCGCACGCAGUCUUCAGGAGAGGAACAGGGAAGAGCUGCCUUGGGAAGAAAUUGAAUUAGGACUGGAUGAUGACGAUGAGCCGGACACAAGCUCACUGGAGGUUUUCCUUGCCACACAGAGCAUGAGCGAGUUUUAUUCCAUCUUCAAAAGGGAGAAAAUUGACCUUGCAGCACUUCUGCUGUGCUCCGAUCAUGACCUUAAGAGUAUCCAUAUCCCAUUAGGACCAAGAAAAAAGAUCUUAGACGCCUGUCAGAAACGACUUGAAACUUUAGAGGACCCUGACUGCAUAGAGGACACUGAAUUAUAACAGAAUUUGUGGAUGGUCACCCUGCUGUGCGCUCAUCCAUCCUUAAAGGUCAGUGGAGCGUUGUUCAGUGAAUGUCACUUGUGUGCAGGAAGAACAAAGAUUUACAUCUCCAUGUAACUCAGAGGCAGCAAAGCAGAAAAACACUGUUACAAUGAAUAAGUCAAGCGAGAGGAUACGAGCGUGAAAUUAAUUCUUGAGCUGUUUCUUUUUUCCACCAUGCUAGCUUCGUGGUGUCAGAGAAGCAUUUUUUUCUUUUCUGAUAGAAUGGUUUGAGUAACCCGCUUUGCAUGGUUUCACAAACUGAAAGAUGAUUAUCGGAGGGCAGCACCGUACUCGGAGAUUGUGUCACGUGGUACAUGUAACAGAAAGCUGAUUGUGGGGUCCUCAUCCCCAAACGUGUCCCCUGUGGGGUAAAUCUUACCGCUCCAUGUGCCUGCAAUGCUUGUGCCUGUGGUUUUGCUUGAAUAUGAUAAAAACUUUGACACAAACUUUAUUAUUUCACCAUUUAAGUAAUUUUUUAAAGCAUGUAUUCACUAGUAUUUACAACUGUUUAUGUUUACAUACAGAAAGCCAUGGCUGUCUAAAUGUCACCUAUUGGUAACAGAGAGGCCAACUGUACAGUGAGAUUGUUUGGAAUAACUGUAGUGUUGUAUCAUGUAUUGUACUAUGUGAGAAUGCAGUAUUGUCUUAUAGAUUUUUUUCUAAAAGCACAAUAUGACAUAACCCAUUAAGAUUACAGUAGAGCAUACCUCGUACAUACCAUUCAUUUCAGUCUUCCAAUGAUUUGUUAUUUAGGUAGCUUUUUCAAAUAAUACAGUUAAUCUGCACCGUAGCAUGUACUAAGAAAUACUGAGAAAACUUUUUUCUUAUACAACUUAAGCUGAGUAAU